AUGGCUGCUAUUAUUCGGUGUUCUUUCAGCCUGUUUUCCAGAAAUGACAAAUUGGCAUGGGAUCUCGAGCUAACAGGAGAAUUUACAGUGCGCUCUGCCUAUUGUUUAGCUUAUCGUCUUUGGCGUCAGAGGGCUCUCCCAGUUCGACAGCUCAUUAUUGCUCACGAUUUAGAGGCGGAGGUGGUGUGUCCUAGGUGUGGAAUAGAUGAGGAAUCAAUUAAGCAUUUGUUGUUUCUAUGCCCUCAUUCUAUCCAUGUAUGGAAGCUUUCUCCGCUUAGGUUUGAUUUUGCAUCCACUCCUCCUUCUUCCUUCUCUACUUGGUGGUUGCAUUUGGUUAGAAAGUGGAAGGAUAUGGACGGGGGACUGAAUGUGUUGGGUAUGGUGGUAUAUUUUUGUUGGGGAAUUUGGACGGCCAGAAAUAAGUGUGUUUUUGAUGGCGUGAUAUGGGAUGCUCGCAGGGUUGCUUUGAUGGCUUGUUCUCAGUUUUGGGAAUUUACGAAUGCAUCAUCAUCUUCUAGUGUGUGCUUGUCUCCUGGGUUAUCUGUUGCUCGCCUUUUACAGCAUUCUUCUUUUUCUUCUUCCCGAUGGCUGCCUCCAGGAGAGGGCGUGCUUAAAUGUAAUGUGGAUGCAUCGUUUUUAGCCUCUUCUCAGAUUGGGGGUGGUGGAGCUGUUUUUCGUGAUUCUUUGGGAACUAUUGUGCAGGCUGUAGUAUUUUCUCCUUUUCUCGCUGCUAGUACAACCUUAGCUGAGGCUAUUUGUCUGCGUAAAGCUAUUCUUUGGGCUGGUUCUUGUUCAGUUUCUCAUGUUUGGUUUGAAUGUGAUUCUAAGGUUGUGGUUCAAGCAGUGAUGGGUGAUGCUCCUGGGCCGACAGAAAUUCAGUCAAUUGCUUUUGAUAUUUAA